UUCCCCAAAAUUCAAUUCACUGCUCAACUGCAAGUCUGCAAGAGAUCAUUCUGAGACACGACCUCAAAUCUCUUCUCUUUUGAAACUACAGCCCUCUGAAAUCUGAAAAUCUUUGGAUUUCUGUGACUCUUGGGGGUUGUGUCAAUCUCAGUAUCAGAGAUAAAACCAUUACAUACUGACAAUCACAGAAAAGACCCUCUUUUAACUUCGUAGAUUUGCAUGUUACACGGUGCGCAAACUCAAACGUUCUUAAUUCUUUUGGAUCUCAUACAAAAAAGGCUUGUCUGUGUUGGCUCCCUUUCCUGAGCAAAGAUGGCUGGGAACACUGCUACAAAGAACCACCUUCCCAAUCCCCACAACCAAGUUUUCAACGUCUCCGUCGACGUAAAUCAGCAAGGUGGCUCCAAGUGCUUCGACGACGAUGGCCGUAUCAAGCGAACUGGGACUGUUUGGACUGCUAGUGCUCACAUAAUAACAGCUGUGAUCGGGUCUGGGGUUCUGUCCUUGGCCUGGGCCACAGCUCAGUUGGGAUGGGUUGCUGGUCCUGUUGUCAUGUUCUUGUUCUCCUUCGUGACUUACUACACUUCCACCCUCCUCUCUGCAUGUUAUCGUUCCGGGGACCCUGCCACUGGCAAGAGAAACUAUACCUACACGGAUGCUGUGCGAUCAAACCUGGGUGGAGCGAUGGUUAAGAUAUGUGGACUAGUCCAGUACUUGAACCUUUUUGGAGUUGCCAUUGGCUACACAAUAGCAUCAUCCAUAAGCAUGAUGGCAAUCAAAAGGUCUAACUGUUUCCACAGUAGUCAAGGCGAGAAUCCAUGCCAAAUUAACAGCAACCCAUAUAUGAUUGCAUUUGGAGUCGCUGAAAUAGUUUUCUCCCAAAUUCCCGACUUUGAUCAGUUGUGGUGGCUCUCCAUCGUCGCAGCUGUGAUGUCCUUCACUUACUCAACAAUUGGUCUUGGCCUCGGCAUCGCAAAAGUAGCAGAAACUGGAAAGUUCAGGGGAUCUAUGACUGGAAUAAGCAUUGGCUAUGUGACUCAAACACAAAAGAUAUGGAGGAGCUUCCAAGCACUCGGAGACAUCGCUUUUGCAUACUCCUACUCCAUGAUCCUCAUCGAAAUCCAGGACACAGUGAAAUCCCCACCAUCAGAGGCCAAGACAAUGAAGAAGGCCACCCUAGUUAGCGUUGGUGUCACGACCCUUUUCUACAUGCUUUGUGGCUGCAUGGGUUAUGCUGCUUUUGGGGAUCUCUCCCCGGGAAACCUCCUCACUGGUUUCGGCUUCUAUAACCCAUAUUGGCUGCUGGACAUAGCAAAUGCUGCCAUAGUAAUCCACCUUGUUGGUGCAUACCAGGUUUUUUGCCAACCCCUUUUUGCCUUCAUUGAGAAAAACGCACAAGAGAGAUUCCCUGACAGUCAAUUCAUCACCAAAGAAAUCAGAAUCCCAAUCCCCGGUUUUCAUUCCUUCAGACUCAACCUCUUCCGGCUGGUUUUUAGGACAAUUUUUGUUAUCAUAACCACUGUGAUAUCAAUGCUCCUACCAUUCUUUAAUGAUGUGGUUGCACUUCUUGGGGCUUUAGGAUUUUGGCCUCUCACAGUUUACUUCCCUGUGGAGAUGUAUAUAGCCCAAAAGAAGAUACCAAAGUGGAGCACAAAAUGGCUUUGCCUUCAAAUUCUGAGUGUCGCAUGCCUCAUCAUCUCCAUAGCUGCUGCAGCUGGUUCAAUUGCAGGGGUUGUUCUUGAUCUUAAGUCUUAUAAGCCCUUCUCGACCACCUACUAAGGUUGAAAUUUAAUGCUGUCACCAUUUCUGACCAAUUAAUCUAAAGCAAGGAAAGAAUUGAUCUUUGGGAUUUCAGUUCUUGUUCAUGGUCUUAACAAGCUGAAAUGGGUGUUGUUAACUAUCGUGGUUGUUCCUCAGUAGACUUCUGUUUUUUUCUUUUUUUUUUUUUUUUGUUGAACUGUUUUGAAGAAAAGAAAGGCGGGACCCUAUUUUUGUAGUUGGAAUUUAACCCCUGUUUUCUCAAUAUAUAUAUCCACGUUGAAGAA